AUUAUAAUGAGCGAUAACUUCUACAAAUUUUAGAAUAUAAAUAUGAAAUGGAAUUUGUAAAUGUUGUUAGUUAAAAAGUGAAAGUCAACGAAGUAAAAAAAUGGCAAUAUUGGGAGUGAAGUUUCUAGCUGUAUUUGCAUUGGCAUUAUUAGGCCAGCAAAGCUAUGGCAUGCCGACCUACAUCGAUGUAUUGUCAGUAACCUAUGUUAAUGGUACCUUAACAUGUGAUCAAUUGAUUUGCCCACCUAGCAGCUGUGGUUGUGAAAUUCUUGUCAAUGAGGGCAACUUAUCGAACUACAACUUCCAGACAACUGACUUCUGUAUUAACGAAAACUCCACUGUAGUUGCACAACAGACCUAUACCACGAAUUUGGCCAGCUAUAAUACAAAUUCCCUCACACUCAAUCUACAAACCUCAUUAAAUCUGAUACAGAUGACACAGAACUCAACAAAUGCAACGAUACAAGUCGCUCUAUGGAAUCAAGUACCAGUUAACUGGAGUGCAAUGGAAUCAGCAGAACAAAGCAAUCAACAACUACAAGCUGAACAAGAAGCUCAACAAGCCGAACAAGAAGCAGAACAAAUGUUGCAACAAGAACAGGAAGAGGAGCAAGAGCAACAACAGGAAAUAGAACAAGAAGAACAAGAGACACAACAAGAACUACAGAUGGCGAAAAAUGAGGCACAACAAAUGCAACAAGAGGCUCAACAAAUUGGAGAGCAAUUGCAACAAGCAGCUCAAGAACAGGCUCAAGAAAAUCAAGGUGGCGAAGAUGUGUUUGAGUAAUUUGGAAAACUACCGUGAAGUGAAGAGAACAUAAAGAAAUGUCUAUAAAUUUAUUUAAAAGUUAAAUUUUAUUAGAUAAAAAAAUCACAAA